CACCUGCACAAAUCCACAGAAAGGUGGGCGUGCGUAGUUUGUACAGUCCCGUCUAGUUCAGGGUUAGUUGCUCUACCGCCAUCUUUCGAGAAGAAAGGACAGAAACCUUUCUCAACCCAGUGAAUCAUACGGUUUAUAGUGUACUGCAUUGAUCCUUAGAACUAGUUAUUCGUUUUCUAAACAAGUGAGCAUGACAAAUCAUGUUUUAAGAGAAAACCAGAUAUGAUUCGUGAACAAGAGUGAAAAGUUAUUCUUCAAGAUGAGUUGGGGUACAGAAUUAUGGGAUCAGUAUGAUCAGAUAGCGGUGCAUACCCAGAAAGGGAUAGAUUUCCUGGACAAAUAUUCCGGCUUCCUGGAUGCUAGAUGUAAAAUAGAACAAGAAUAUGCUUCUAAACUCAGGUCAGCAUGAAGUUAUUGCUGAAAACCUUUCUACAGCUGUCGUCUCAGACCUUAACACACUCGUCAAAUCUAUCAGGGACGAUAGACGAAAGCAUUUACAAGAGGGGGCGAGGAUACAACAGCAGUUGACAGUUAGUUUAUCAGCUCUGGCUAAAACCAAGGAGAAAUAUGAAAAAGCUUUUGGUGCCAGUGAAAGGGCCUUGGAGGCGUAUAAUAAGGCUGACGCUGACAUGAAUCUAUCCCGGGCUGACGUAGACAAGUAUAGAAUGAGUUCAAAUAUUAAACGUCAGCAGAUGGACGAUUCUAAAAAUGAAUAUGCAAACCAGCUGCAGAAAACUAAUGAAUUACAGCGACAAUAUUAUUCUACACUGUUACCUGGGGUAUUCACUGGUCUUCAGGAUCUGGAGGAGAAAAGAAUUAAGUGUAUACAGAAUUAUAUGAGGAAAUCUGCUGCCAUAGAACAGGACGUGCUUCCAAUUGUAACUCAGUGCUUGGAGGGAAUUCAAAAAUGUACAGACUCAAUAAAUGAAAAGGAGGACUCUCAGAUUGUGAUAGAGAAGUAUAAAAGUGGAUUUCUCCCCCCGACAGAUUAUCCAUUCGAGGACCUUUCAACCAUGGAUAGUUCAAACCAGUCAUUAUCUUCGACCCCUAUAUCUACCCCAAGUGAGAAAAAGUUAUCUAUCCUGGGAACUAUAACUGGAGGCAAGAUACGGAAAAGAUCUGGUCUUCUUGGCAUCUUUACUCAGACUAAGGAGGAUUUCUCUGAACUGCCACCUAAUCAGAGAAGAAAGAAACUAAUCAGUAAACUAGACGAACUCACAGCUAAAAUAUCCCAGGAGACAGCAGCGCGGGAUGGUUUAAUGAAAAUGAAAACUGUUUAUGAAGCAAAUCCUGCGCUGGGGGAUCCUAUGUCUAUACAGGGACAGCUGACGGAAAACGGGCAAAGAUUGGAUAAAUUAAGAUCGGAACUAAGGAAGUUUCAGGGUUGGUUGGAGGAUUGUGAGGGUCGGGCAGCUCCAGGUUCACCGGCCAGCUCUAUAUCUACACGCAGGAACGGUAACAGUCCCAGACGAAGCUCUGUUUCUGAUGAAGUGGAGUCUCUGUCCAGGUCUGCUAGUGAUUCUUCAGUUAAUCAUAACAAGAACUCCCUCACUAGCCAAGGGUUGACCGGGUCCACUAUGACCUUGACCGGAACGGGUCCUGGUAUCACCAAGGUCACAUGUCGACUGGUCAGUCCUCUAGCUAAAACUAGAUCAACUGAAAACCUAUUGGUGGAGGGCCCAAGUAGGAGUUCUCACAGUCCUGAGAGUGGAAUUGGUACUUCAGCGCAGAGCUUAGGAAAUCAAGAUACUGAUAUUCAGGAUAUUGAUGAUGAUGAAUUCUAUGAUGUUGAACCUCUUCCAAUCCUUGGCAAGUGCCGAGGUCUUUAUACUUUUGAAGCGAGCAGUGAGGGUAGUGUAAGUCUGGAGGAGGGUGAGGAGCUGUGGUUGAUAGAGACAGAUCAGGGUGAUGGAUGGACCAGGGUGAGACGACUCAACCCAACCUCGGUGGAUCCUAUGCCGGAGGGAUUCGUGCCAACUUCAUAUCUGGAGAUAUACGAUAUGUUUGCUCAACCUCAACCGGUUUAAUCCAGUUUAAUCCAGUUCUAGCCCAGCCCAUGGAUAAUAGAGUUAAAUCCAGCUAAAUCCACUAGAUGAUUCAGUUUAAACCAGAUCUUCCGCUGUUUUAUUCAGUUUAAACCUUCUACUAUUGCUAUUUACAGAACUAUAACUACUUAUGGAUAAUCCAGUUAAAACCAGAUCUAAUCCUGGAUAAUCCAGUUAAGAUUUUCUCUUGGAUAAUCCAGGUUAAGCCAGAUCUACUUGUGCAUAAUCCAGUUCAAACCAGAUCUACUCCUGGAUAAUCCAGUCUUAACCAGAUAUACUACUGGAUAAUCCAGUUUAAACCAGAUCUACUCUUGGUUAAUCCAGUUUAAACCAGAUCUACUCCUGAUUAAAAUAAUUGAUUAAAUUAAUCUAACUGAAGUUGAUUGAAAAACACAAAAUCCAACUUUAAAAUAAGUGAAAAAGCAUGUUUUGAACAGACGAUAAAUUGUCUUUCUUUGAAAGUUGUCACUGUGAAAGAACGGGAUAAAAUCCUUAAUAUUCUGAUUAUUAAAACAAUUCUGUACAACAGUGUACAAUGCACUGUACAGUAUGUACAUUGUGAUGGUAUUUUGUACUGUGUAUACUGUAUACAAUCUGAAACAAGUAUUUAGUUCCUUUAAA